UUAAAUCAGCAGCGGGUUUACCGUUUACCGGUUAAACCAGCAGCGGGUUUACCGGUGAAACCAGCAGCGGGUUUACCGGUGAAACCAGCAGCGGGUUUACCGGUGAAACCAGCAGCGGGUUUACCAGUGAAACCAGCAGCAUGUUGCCUGUUUGUGACUCUGUGUUGAUUUAAGUGGGUUUGUUCUGAGUAAACAUGGAGGAAAAGACCUUCACUGUGAUUUAUUUGUUAAUCACAGACCGUUUAUUUUUACAUUUAUGCUUAUAAUAAGUCGCUCUAAAAAUAGUCUUUCCUUCUCAGAGUGAAUCUUUAGGCCUUUACUGUGUAUGAGGUGGAAAAACUUGAUUAAAACCUUCACCAAAAAUCCUUCAAUGCAGGAAAAAUCUCUGAAAGAACCAAAACUCAUGAUUGUUUUGUUUUUUGUGACAGAGAUUCAUAGGUUUAGAUGAUUCCUUCACAGGAAAUUCAUAGUUAUAUGGAUCAUUGGUAACUCAAGACUAUCAUGAUAUACAUGUUUUUAAAAGUACAUGUAAACUUUUGUUCAUGACUAUAUGUUGGAUGCAGACAUGCAAGCCCAAUGCAAACAUAAAGAAACAGACUACCGCAGGAACCACAAUUCUUAUAAAUUAUCAUGUAGCUGUGGAGGUUGAUGGGAUUUCAUCAUUUAUUUCUGUUUUUGUAUCUCCUUAACUAGUUGUAUUAGCAGGAUUACAUAUUUGCUGUUUUCCUUCCAUCAGUUGACUUUAAAUCUUAAAUUAGGCAGAUUAAAUGCAGCCCUUUCUGUAUUUACCAUGCACUAAAACUGCAUUGACCUGUGAUUUGCUCAGGUGUGAAUCAGGGAAUGUUUUACUCGUCGGCUGAGGAGUCGGUUAGGAGUUCUUAUGGGGAACACUUGGCUCCGCUGGUCCAAAAUGGUGAAAAUGUGACACAGUGGGGUAAAACCUCACCGCCGGGACAGGACCGGUGGGGUAAUACUUCCUCAAUGUCCCACUCUGAUAACUGGGUCAUGUCCACCACAUGGGACAUGCAGCUGGACUGUACAGAGAGAGGACACCUCACUGCAGGCUUUCUGGACUCGGAGCCUCUGCGGGAGGCCGAUGAAGAUCUGGCGUCGGAAGUCAACCUCAGCAACUCCAUCCUGACAGAUGAGGAGCGAGAGGAGAUCCAGCAGGAACUGACAAAACUGGAGGAGGAGAUCAAUACGCUGAAGCAGGUUCUGUUGUCCAAAGAGAAGCAACACGCCGAGCUCAAACAGAAACUGGGCGUCGGCCCGCUCAGCGAGCUCAGGAACAACUUCAGCAGAGGCUGGCACGACAUGCAGAGCUCCACGGCCUACAAGAAGACAUCGGAGACGCUCUCCACAGCCGGGCAGAGAACCUCAGCAGCCUUCAGCAACUUCGGCAGCUCCAUCAGCAGGAAGCUUGGAGACAUGAGGUCCAACUCCAUCGGCUACUCUAUCAGACACUCUAUGAGCAUGCCCACCAUGAGAAACUCUCCCAGCUUCAGGUCUUUUGAGGAGAAAGUCGAGAACACAGUUUCUACAAUUAAGACCAAAGUCGGAGGAACAGGAAGUGGAGGCAGCUUUGAGGACGUCCUCUCGUCCGCCGCCAACGCCACCUCUCAGGACACGCCCACCAACAACCUGACGGACAGCUCUGAGCGGCCGUGUUAGACUGAAACAUCCAAACUAAAAUAAUCCUGAAUAAAACUGAAAUCUGUGUCUGAGUUCUGUGUGACUAAUGAAAGCAGGAAGUCUGACCUCCAGAUGUUCCCCAGAUGUUCCCCAGACGUUCCUCAGAUGUUCCUCAGACAUUCCCCAGAUGUUCCUCAGACGUUCCUCAGACGCUUUGAGCAGCUGUUAGACUGAAAUCAGACGGAGGUGAGCAGAUUGAGAGUCGACUGUCAGACUGGAUUCCUCAGAAACAAGAGUUUAUUAAAUCUGUAAACUAGACUGGAGUGGAAAAAAGGAGCUUUUAUACCAGAAGGAGACAAAAAAAUCUACAUUUUUAGCUUCUUAUCACACAUAUGUGACUAAAAACACUUUUUAUUUCAUGUUUUAACGCCUAAAGCUGUAGAAGGUUGAUGAGAUUCUGGAUAAACUGAAUAUUUACAGACUUUAAAGGAGGAUUUCAGUUGAUUUUAAGCUGCUGUUUUUCACAUUAAAGCUGAUUUUUACGUGAAUCAUUUUAGACGUUUAGUCUGAGUGAAAGGAAACACAGAAACCUGCUUCAUGUUUAACUGAUCGCAUAGAAACUGAGCAGGGUCUGGACUAAUUUUGAGUAAUUUUGUCCAUUUUUCUUCACUUUUAAGUUUGUUUUUAGUUUUUCAGACACGUUUCAAGUUACUUUGAACCGUCUUUGAGUAAUUUUAGGCAAGUUUCCUUUUUUUUUUUUGGCCAAAUUUUAACUUGUUGAUCAUUUUUCCCCAUUUUUGUGUCAUUUUGGAUAAACUGAGUCGCUGUGACAUUCUGUGAGUCAUUUAGGACGUGCUUCAAGUUAUUUGGGAAUCAUUUGGGGUCAUUUUGUAGAAGUUUUGAAUCAUUUUAGAUCUAUUUUUGGUCACAUUGGACAUUUAUUUGAGUCAUUUUGAUGAUUUUUAAGUUGUUUAGGACAUAUUUUAAAUCAAUUUGGACAAUUUGUGAGGCAUUUAGGACAUGUUUCAGGUUGUUUUGACAUUUAGAAGACAUUAUUUGAGUCAUAUUGACCACUUUUGUGUAUUUUGGACACAUUUCAAGUUAUUGGUUCUUCUGUCAUAUCGGACAAGUUUCAAAUUAUUUAGGACACAUUUUAAGUUAUUUUGGAUAUUCUAUAGUCAUUUUGGACAUCUUUUUGAGUCAUUUUGGACAAGUUUCAACUCAUUUGUGACAUUUUCUGAGUAGUUUUGACAGUUUUUAGAUCAUUUAAGACAUGUUUCCAUGUUUAUUCUGAUUUUUUUUUUUGGACACAAUUCAAAUCGUUUGGUAGACAUUUCAGUAAUUUAGGACAUGUUCAAGUUAUUUUGGAUAUUUAGUCAUUUUAGACAGUUUUUGAGUAAUUUUUGACAAGUUUCAAGUUAUUUUAAACUAUUUUCAGUCCUUUUGGACACAUUUACAGUCGUUUUGGACGAGUCUUGGCUCAAUUUGGGUCAUUUUUAAAAAUUUUGAGUUUUUUUGGACAAAUUUCAAAUCAUUUUGGACAAAUGUUGAGUCAUUUUGGACAUCUUUUGACUAAUGUUGACAAUUUUUAGGACAUUUAGGACAUUUUUAUUUAUUUUGUACUAAAUUUUGAGUUAUUUUGGACAAGUUUCCAGUCAUUUGACUCAUUUUUACCAUCACUGAAUCAUUUAGGACAUGCUUCAACUGAUUUUGGACAAGCUCUGAGUCCCGUUGUCUUUCUGCCUCCAUCCUCUCAUUAAUAUUUGGACUCGUACGUAGAAACAAAGCAGCAGAUAAAUGUCAGCGAUCGGAUCGGAGAUCUCUCCAGGCAGCUAAUUUCUGUGUUUAACUUCAGUCAGACUGAACAUUUGAAAUGUAAAAAUCAUCUUUCUGUGAAAAACUGUAGUGAGUUCAGGUUAAACUGUGAUUUCUGAAUCUUUUCGAGCAACAACAGACACUUUAAUGAGGUUAAAAUAUCCUGAAACUCUCAGAUUUUGGCCCCUAAAAGAUUUUCAAAAAGUCACUUUUUGAAAAUCCCAGCAGACUGUGAACACUUUUCAGGCUGAUUAUCGAGCUCAGGACACUUAGAUGGUCAAAAAAGCACCAAAAUAACUCAUCAGUGAGCUUUAAUCCAACAUCUGCUGUCAGUUUUCUUAGAUUUUUAACUUCCUGCUGCAGAUUUAAGCUGCCUGGAAUCAGUUUCACUAAACAUUAAAAAAACAUUAAACAUUAAUUAAACUUCUGCCAGUAACAUUCUGCUUUAAUUAAGAUUCAUUCAUUUCUUUUGCUGUGGUUUGAAACACGUUUAAUGAAAUUCAAGCACAGAGAGUUUUCUUUCUGAAAAUAACCGGAAAUAUUUGACAUUUUGUGUCGAGUUGGAGCGAAAUAACGCGUUAAGACAUUUUUAACUAAACCCAAAGACGUAACUGUGUGAUAACUUUGUGUUUAUCGUAUUCAUCCAUUAAAAAAAUCCUGUUUUUAUGGCUGAUGUGUCCAUAUUAAAGACUGUUUAAACCAAA